AAAGAGAAUUGCAAGGUUUACACAUUCUUUAGGAAUGAUUAUACUCCUUAUCCUAACGAUCUCCGGUGUUGUUUUAGGAUUUCAAACAAAGCACAAUUUUCCAGGAAGAUAUGUCUGAAUCUUUGCCCAGACUUCCUUGUAACCUCUUUGAGAGCCAUUUCCUGAUGCUAGGGUCUUCAUCGGAACAAAACUCAAGCAUGGGUUUUGAAGCCGAGGCAUUCAUCAAUAUCGAAUGCACAUCUAAUACCACAUCACCAGAAGUUACACAGCAAAACAGUUCGUCAGACCUUGUCAGGAAAAGCUUAGAUGGAAAAGAAAGUUUUGAUGAGUCACAAAUGAUGCUGACGAGUGGUUACAAAUUUACUAUGUAUUACUCGGAAGCCACAGCAUCCCUUCAGGAUCCUGAUGAGAUUACUCUUAAAGAAGAUAGAGACAAAGAAAAGACAGUAGGAAUUUUGAGCACACAACAACUAAGGUUAAUCAUCAAAGCUUUCGGACCACAGCUUGAGCAACAAAAUGAAGAGAACCCAAAAUUUCCCCAGUUUGAAAUGAGCUUAACACCACUUCAAAAUAAUGGAUAUGAGAUAAAAUUAGGCAAUGACGUAAUUUUUGAAAAAUCCUCUUUAAAGGAUGAAAAGGCUUCAAUAAGUGCCCUCAAAGAUCUAAAUGACCAAUACGAUCUGCCUCCUUACUCACAUCUUUCCCAGACAGAGUCUCCUCAUUUCAAUCAGACUAGCUUGGGAAAAUCUAUUAGCCCUUUGGUUUCAGCUGAGAUCAUAGCUCAGGAUUCAUUAUUUACAGUCAAAACUCUCAAAAUUUUGGAUGAAGACCUGAGAUCAAAGCCAGUUUUAGAUGGACUAUUUUCGAAUGCCACUUCUAUAUCAGAAUUAUCAGAUAUCUCCCUUUCUUCUACCCCAUUUAUGCAACGGUCGGAUAAUUCUUUGAUAAAGGGGAAUUCUCUGCUAAAUUUUAUCCAAGAGAAGCUUAAAAAAUCACAAAAUAAGGCCUUCAUCAGUGAAGGGUUAGAAGGAAAGUUUGAAACUUACGAUUCAGAAACCACCAAGAGACAACUCAACGAGCAGCCUAUUUGAGGAGACGGAUUCAGACAGUCUCCUGAAGCUUGAGACGACGGUAACCAGAUCGAUGGAGAUGGAUGCUCCUCUGACUGUCUCUCAAUUGAGUCUAAUUGGAGCUGCAUCUCUACUGAAGAAGGAAAACCUGAUGUCUGACUGAUUAGAUAUAAGAAAUCAAAGGCUUCUCCAAGUGAGAAAUGGAUUUCUGACCUGACUCUGAUUGGAGUUAUAUCAUCUGUCAUUAUCAACAUGGCAGCAUGAAUUAUAAAUCAUCAAGAUCCCAGAAAAAUAUUUUCCUCUGUUAAUCAAAUCCAGUUGAUGCUGAUACUGCUUUUGUUUCCAUUCGAUCUCCCUCCAAGAGUUGUGGCCUAUCUGAAGUCUCUAAAGGGAUUUCUUUUUCUUUUCGACUUCAAAUGAUCUUUUCCAAAUUUUCAUGAGUUAUUCAAAUCUUUCGAUUAUGAACAGUCGAACUCCCAACUCAAAAUGCUUGGGUUAAGCUCUGGAAGUGCUUUAGUAAACUUAAAGAUGGUGAUUCUAAUCCUUGCUGGUUUGGUAUCUUUCGCGAUCAUGUUGAUCCCAAGAUAUCUUCAAUCUAAGAUCUCAAAGGAACCUAACAGAAUUCAUAAGGUUGUUCUUGGCUUCACUAAACUAUUGGUUCAUUCCUUAAUUCCAGUUCUGAUCUUUGAGAUUUUUAUGGUUAUGUGCUUGUCCUCUCUAUCAGAAAUUACAGCAUGGAGCCUAACAGAGCAUAAAAAUUCGCUCUCUCUUGUAGCUAGCUCAUUAAUAUACCUCUUUGUUAUCGGAACCACUUCCACAGUUUUAAUCAUUACAGUUGCUACCUGGAUGGAAAAAAUAAAAUAUUUUACUCAAAACUAUUUCAAUGCUGUCAGAUCUUCAAAUUUUGGCCAAUUUUAUUACUUUUCCUUCCUUACAAGAAGGUUCUGCCUCUGAUUGUUGGUCACAAUCUUUCCAAGGAAGAAUGUCUUGGUGUUCAUAUUGGCCUUCAUUUUGAUGAAUUACAUUCAGAAUUUAUACAUCUUGACUAAUAAUCCAUUUAAAUCUAAGUUGAGAAAUCUACAAGAACUGAUAAAUGAGAUUUUCUACUUGAUCUUUGGAGUUGUAAUCCUAAUUGCAAGUCAGAGAGGCAAGUGGAGCACUUUAAGUGAAGAGGUCUUGCUUUCCUUACUUAUUGGAAACAAUCUUCUAAAUUUUGCCAUUUCAAUCAUCUCGUUAGCUACAGCAAUUAUGUGCCGAUUCUGAUCGAUAGGAGGCCAAUUGAGAGUACCUGAAAUAUCCCCGAGAAUUAUUGAACAACCCCACUUCCCACCAGUCAAGAGGCAUCUGAGCAUCAAACUUGAGCCCAUUCAAGAUUUUGAAUAUUGUUCUUUUCAACAUAUAAAUAGCAAAAAUAUUAACACACAUGAGAAGACACAAAAUACACAGGAGCCCACUUCUAAGGCUCCUCAGAGUCCGAAGCCAAUGGGUGAUAACAUAGUUUAA